AUGCCUCUCGAUAUAGAGGAGAUUCUCCGGCAAAGGAAGGCCGCAGAUGCUGCGGCCGCAAAGCCGCGCUUCAUCCCCAAAGCGCAGCGCGAGCGCAUGGCGGCAGAGCAGGCCAAGAGAGAGGAGGACGAGAAAAAACGCAAAGCUGCGGACGAAGCACAAAAACGAAGAGAAGACGAGAGAAAAUGGGAGUCGCGAAACGGAUCAUCAUCCACGGCACACAGGACUCCAAAUGGCCCAACGCAACCCCCCACGGGGCCUCGAGCCAUGAACCAGCGAAAGGGUGACAGCAAGAAGAGCGACAAAGUAAACGGGGACAAAAAGUCUGCCGAGGAUAUUGAAGCUACGCUAUUUAGGUCUCGAUAUCUGGGCCCUGAAGUCAACCAGCAGUCUAGCUUCUCUGCCAAAAAGAAGCGUAUGCGGACGACGGAGAAGAAGUUCAACUUUGAAUGGGAUCUGGAAGAUGACACAUCCAGAGACAACGAUCCUAUAUACAAGAACCAGGCUGUCAACAGGGGCGGUUCCCUUGCUGGCUUGGGCGGCGAAUUCGACGAGGAGGCCGAGAGACGGGCCCGUAAACGAGCAAGAUUGAUCGAGGAGCGAGACGUCGAACAUGGCAAGGAGCGCGCCAAGGGCAUCAUGGAGGACUUCUACCGUGCGCGAGCCAAAGCAAAGGAGAGAGCGGAGAGGACAGGUCUCGGGCGUCAUUGGUCGGAGAAGAAACUCGGGGAGAUGCGGGAGCGAGACUGGAGAAUAUUCAAAGAGGACUUUGGCAUCUCUACAAAGGGCGGUGCUAUACCCGAUCCUAUGCGCAGCUGGGAAGAGUCCGGCCUACCGCAACGUUUGCUCGACAUCGUCGACCGAGUGGGCUACAAGGAACCCACGCCUAUUCAAAGAGCAGCCAUCCCCAUUGCCUUGCAAGCCCGCGAUCUGAUCGGUGUGGCCGUCACCGGUUCCGGUAAAACAGCAGCCUUCCUUCUUCCCCUCCUCGUGUACAUCUCCGAUCUCCCCCCCCUCACCGAAGUCAACAAGAACGACGGACCAUACGCUCUUAUUCUCGCACCAACCCGUGAACUGGUCCAGCAAAUCGAGACGGAAGCCAAAAAGUUUGCUGAACCCCUGGGCUUCCGCUGCGUCAGCAUCGUCGGUGGCCACUCUCUCGAGGAGCAGGCCUUUGCGCUGCGAAACGGCGCAGAAAUCAUUGUCGCCACGCCCGGCCGUCUAGUAGACUGUAUCGAGAGACGACUGCUCGUCCUCUCGCAGUGCUGCUACAUAAUCAUGGAUGAAGCCGAUCGCAUGAUCGACCUCGGUUUCGAAGAGUCCGUCAACAAGAUCCUCGACGCUCUGCCCGUCAGCAACGAGAAGCCCGACACGGACGACGCUGAAAAUGCGCAGCUCAUGAAGUCCUAUCUCGGGAGCAGGGACAAGUACCGCCAGACAAUGAUGUACACGGCCACUAUGCCACCGCUCGUGGAACGCAUUGCCAAGAAGUACCUCCGUCGUCCCGCCACCGCAACCAUAGGCAACGCCGGUGAAGCAGUCGACACUGUCGAGCAGCGUGUGGAGUUUGUAUCCGGCGAAGACCGCCGCAAGAAGAGGCUACAGGAAAUUCUUUCCAAGAACGAGUUUGCACCGCCCAUUAUCGUCUUUGUCAACAUCAAGAGGAACUGCGACGCUGUCGCGCGGGACAUCAAGUCCAUGGGCUGGUCUACCGUUACUCUGCACGGUUCCAAGACACAGGAGCAGCGAGAGGCUGCACUUGCUUCGGUGCGCUCAGGUGCGACUCAGGUCCUCGUCGCAACGGAUCUUGCUGGUCGUGGUAUUGAUGUGCCGGAUGUUUCGCUCGUCGUCAACUUCAACAUGGCUACCAGUAUCGAGAGUUACACCCACCGUAUUGGUCGUACUGGUCGUGCGGGCAAGAGUGGUGUGGCGAUUACGUUCUUGGGCAACGAGGACGCUGAUGUCAUGUACGACUUGAGGCAGAUGCUAAGCAAGAGCUCCAUCUCGAAGGUGCCCGAAGAGUUGAAGAGGCACGAGGCGGCGCAGUCGAAGCCCGUUCGGGGUGGUGCCAGGAGGGAGAAAGAUGACGCCGCUGCUGGAGGCGGAGGUGGUGGGGGAGCCGGCAAGGGCGGCUGGUGA